GACAAUUUAGGGUUUUGCAGGGUUUAGGUGUUUUCUGUAGACAAGAAGAAAAGCUCCGAUCUUUGGUGGAGAAUAAUGGAAUGUCUGAAAGUUUCUGAGGCGAAAAUGGUGGUCUACGUACACCCGUCUAAGAGCACCAAGAUUUACGAUGCGGUUCUUCGCGAGCUCAGCUCCUUGCUUUUCAAGUUUGAUGAGAAUUUUGAUGGCGUCGUGUUAGCUUAUGAAUUCGACAUUCUUGAUAAGAGUGCGAAGAUUCUAAGCGGGAUUCACCCUUAUAUCGGCGUGAGAAUAAAAGCAAAGUUGUUGCUUUUUUCUCCGAAACCAGAUAUGCUUUUAGAGGGGAGGGUUGUAAAAGUUACUCAAGGAUCAAUUCAUGUCAUUGUUCUUGGCUUUGCAUCUGCUGUUAUAACAGAAGAGGAAAUUCGUGAUGAAUUUGUGUAUAAAAUUAAACAUGAAGAGGAAGUAUUUUCUAGCAAAUUUCACAAGCACCAUACGAUAAAGGUCGGAACUAUGAUACGCUUUUUAGUUAAGAGUUUGGAUGAGGAAAUACUGCAUAUUUCUGGUUCUCUAAUUCCAGCUCACACCGGAUGCAUUCGUUGGUUAGCAAAACAUUUGGACGAUGACACUAUAACUGGCAGGAGUAAAAAGAAAAGGAGAGAAAAUGAAGAGGAAUCCAUUCUACAAGAUCACGGUACUGUAAGUGGUGAGGCAUUAUCCUUUAACAGCGACCAUAGAAUAAAAAAGUCGAAGAAAGAAAAGAGACCAAAAGCGGAGUCUUGAAGGCCAUGUCAAGAUCCUUAUUGCAAUUUUGUUGUUCUCGGGUGGAAUCAUGAUCAUCUCUACUUUCCAGGGCCAUCAUAAGCAGGUAUGGGACUUCUAUCAGAAACAACCAAUAGUCGGUCUCUAUUCUUUCCUACAAAAAUUCUUUUUUAUUUAAAAAAAAAAAAAAUUACAUAAGAGGUUUUUCAGAAACCAUUUGAAUAAUGAAAAGCCUUUUAUUAUAAGUUUGAGAGAGACGAGGUGGGAGAAGAUGGGGUUUCAGGUUGGUGAAUGAUUCUCACUUCCGUCCAACUCCCAUGUGAGCUGUGGAGUAGUUUGUUUAGAAGAAUACAGAAAAAGGGUGUCACUUAUUUUUCCCGUAUAAUCCGGCAGUUUAACAUGCUUCAACCCUGUUAAUCAAAACUAUUCCAAAACAUGUAUCUUUUUGUUUUUAAUAGGCUGUUGUUAAUUCCUUUUACACUUUUGAGACCAUGUGUAGGCAAUAUUUGUUUUUCUUUUC